CAACUUUAGUAAAUCAUUUUUUUUCUCCCUCUCUAUGGAAACAGCUAAUAAUCAGUUAAAAUACAUGGAGAAAAAUGAUGAUUUGUUAGUAAUUUCCACUAGUGAAAAUACUAACAAAAAGAUCAUCACAACAAAUAAUAACAAGAAAUUAUUAUCAAAUUCUUCUUCUUCUUCUUCAUUAAUUAGAAGUUGUCAAGCUGAGAAAUGUAAUGUUGAUUUAAGUGAUGCUAAGCAAUACCAUAAGAGGCAUAAAGUCUGUGAAUAUCAUGCUAAAUCUCAAGUCGUCGUCGUUGCUGGACUCCGCCAACGUUUCUGUCAACAAUGCAGCCGAUUUCAUGAGCUGACGGAAUUUGAUGAAUCGAAAAGGAGUUGCCGGAGACGUUUGGCUGGACACAACGAAAGGCGAAGAAAGAGUACAUCAUCGUCAUCAUCUUCAUCAUCAUCUGCAGACCGAAUUCAUAUAUCUAUCCAAGAAAAUCCAACUCACAAAAACUUUCACUUACGUUGAAAAAAAAACAUAUUUUAUAUAGUAAUUUGCUCUCUCUCUUCUGUCAUAAAUCUGUUUCUAAAACAAUAAUCAUCAUUCACUUACCAUCUGGUGAUAAUUAAGUACAAUAAAGUAUUUUUAAAAUUGUUAAAUGUUGUUAUAUUACAUGUACUUGUAAUAGGACAUAGGAUUUAUUGCGAUCGCGAUAACUCUGAAGUUAUUAGUAUAUAUAAAUGUUAUAUGCAAGGUUAGAGAGGUGGGGAAUGAUGAACUAUGGACUUCAAUUUUAUAUUGUGUUUUUGUAGAUGUAUUGUAAGAAGUUUUAAAAAGAUAUGCUCCUAUAAUUGUUAAGUUAAUUUGUGUUUGUAAGUUUUAUGGGAGUAAUAUAUAAUCAUAUUAACUAUAUGGACUAUUUUAUUGGAA